AAAAGUGCAAAUUUGCUUACACAGCCCAUAGUCUUUGUUGAGAAUUAUUUCCAAUAAAAUAAGACUCUAAAUGAACAUAAAGCUGCUAGCACCAGCUCUGAUCUGUGAAGCAGUGGAAUUGUGUCAUCCAGAAUGAUAGAGCUACUUCCAAUACUUUUGGUUAAGAAAAGUUGGGGAUGAGUUUGGAUGAUGAAUUUCCUGCAUCAUGACCACAAUAACACUCUUAUUACGAAAUUUCUUAUUACAAAAAAUUGUUGGAUAUUUUAAAUCAAGCACAACAGCCAAAGAAAAACUGUCUGAGGUUCAGGAGCAAAUGGGCAAACCUAAGCAUAAGCUUCUACAGGAGGUGGACACUCGCUGGAACAGUACAUUCAAUACAAAGACUUUAUGAACAACGGGAACCACUGGCAGCAUCUCUCACCAGCCUGAACACUGAUCUUGUGGUGUUCUCAUCGGAGGAAUUUGAAACAAUUAAUCAGUGUGUUCAAGUACUGUGGCCAAUCCAGCAAGCAACGGUGGAGUUGUCUGAGGAGAAAAGAGCAUCAGGCUCUAAAGUCAUUCCAAUGGUCAAGAUGUUAAAACACCACAGUGCCAGACAAUGUGCUCUGAACACACAUCACCUCGGUGCAAAACUGGCCAACAACAUUAACACCAAUUUAAAGGAGAAGUUCGCUGUGAUAGAUGACUGCACUUUCACUAUCAACGUUGCUUGACCCAAGAUACAAACAACUGGGAUUUUGUAAUUUAAGCAAUGCCCAGGCAGCUGUGGACCAGUUAACCAGAGAAUGUGCCGGCUUCAUUGUGCCUGCAGUGCCCCAGGAAUCUGUCCCAUCAGUGGCACCACCAGAAGUACAGGACAGGAAUCUCUGGGGCCUUCUGGACAGCCAUGUGGAGGCAGAGCAGCAGGCACCCAAUGCAACCGCCAGUGCUAUAGCCGAGGUGCAGGGGUACCUAAGAGAUGCACACCUGUCAAGAGUGGAGGACCCCCUAAAGUACUGGACUGAACACAAAGCUGUGUAUCCUCACCUUUUUCAGGUUGCUGUUCGGUACCUCUGCACACCAGCCUCAUCUGUGCCAUGUGAAAGAGUUUUUUCAAAGGCAGGAGAAAUUGUAAACCAAAGAAGAAACAAACUUAAACCCAACACCGUCUGUGCUCAACGCCACCAAAGUAAACGAGGUUUUGGAGCUUGUCCUCUUUCUCUGGGAAGACGCAGCACAAGUCUGGGCCGGUGUGAGGGCAGUCUGCCUCCCGGUGUCUGGGUUGAGGGCACCACUCACACCAGCCGAGUUCUGGAUGGGGCGUCCACUGCUGCUGCAGCCGCCUCUCGCUGUCGUCCUCCCAGAGCCGCUGGGGUUCAGGCUCUAGGAGUAAGGAGACUUGGAUCACUCCAGAAAACUCUGCAACUCCAGCUGCCCUGUCAUCUGCUUUUGCCUUCUCCCACUCUCCACGGCCAACCGGCAGGGGUGGUGGAACUGGCCUGCUUCUGUCUCGUUUCAUCCCGCAUCUCAGCAUGUCUCAGUGAUGUCUCGAUGUGGAUGAGUUCUCAUCACCUAAAACUCAACCCCAGCAAGACUGACCUUCUGUUCAUCCCAGGAACUACAAGCCCUCACAACAAUCUCUCCAUCUCUUUCGAGAACUCACUGGUCACUCCAUCGGCAGAAGCAAGAAGCCUCGGUGUAGUAAUGGAUGACCAGUUAUCGUUCUCGAGCCAUAUUGCAAAUCUGACUCGGUCAUGCAGAUUUCUCCUGUACAACAUCCGAAGAAUUCGACCGUUUCUGUCUCAGGAUGCCACUCAGGUGCUUGUGCAGUCUCUUGUCAUCUCAAGACUAGACUACUGCAACUCUCUACUGGCUGGUCUUCCACAGCGAGCCACCAAACCACUACAGUUAAUUCAGAACGCGGCAGCACGACUCGUCUUCAAUCUUCCGAAGUUCAGUCAUGUGACUCCUUUGCUGCGUUCCCUCCACUGGCUUCCUGUUGCCGCCCGCAUCCGAUUCAAAACCCUGACGCUGGCCUACAAGGCAAAAAACGGACCAGCACCUUCAUACCUGAUGGCGAUGGUCAAAGCCAGAUCUGCACCAAGAGCUCUUAGAGCAGGGGUGUCAAACUCAUUUUGGCCGAGGGCCACAUUGGCAUAUUGGCUGUCCUCCGAGGGCCAGAUGUAACUUAUAAAUAUAAGAAAAUGUAACCAAAUGUAAUAUAUGUAAAUGAAUGUAAUUACUCCUUAAUGUU